ACGCAGCUGAUAUUUCAUUCUUUUUUUUUCAUAGAUUUCCGCAGAAAGUGAAGAAGAUAAAUUCGCACAUUUGAGGAGGAUAUUGAUUUUCUCUCAACACCAAAAGUAAUCAAAACACACAAAUUUGCUUUCCAUUGAUUGCAACAACUGAGGCUAAGCAUUACAGAUCAAGUCAAAUGUGAAGACGUCAUCGUGCUGGUAACAAUUAUUCAGGUGGCUGAAAUACCCAGGUUAUCAAAAGAUGUCUUCUCGGGCACUAAAAAAACUGCAAGGUGCUGUAGGGAAAGAUUUAAUGCUUGAUGUCAAAGACGACGUCGAGGAUAAUCAACUAAGCGAUGACGAUGAUGAGCUGGAAGUUGCACGAGGAAAACACUUGAAUCCUUUUGAUCUGUUGAAUCAACAAAGCCUCUCCGAGAGCGAGGUAAAGGAAGAUGAUAACGAAACUGAGCAUGCAUCAACAGCGGCAAAUCAGCCAAGUGGUGCUGGUGGUGGGGGUGCAGCCAAACAAAAGAAGAAGAAAAAACGGAAGAAAAAGACCAAGUAUACCGGCAACCACAUCAGUAGCGAGGAUAAUGAGCUUACUGAUAAGUAUCUGAGCGAUAUUGAUUCCCUUAUCGGAAAAGUGCAUGACGCCACCAAUCAAAAUCAAAAGCUAAAUCCUCCACGUAUAGAGAUUGAUAAAUCGCUAUUGACAGUUGAAUUGAAACAUUUGAAUCAACAAAAUGAGUUGCGCCGCACUUUUGGCAAACGUGUCGUUAAAAUUGAAAACAAACGUGGCCGCCAAAAGUUGACACUUAAAUCCACUUACAUGGUAACUGCCAAAGAAUCUUGGCCGCCAAUUACAAAGAAUAUCAUUACAAUGAAGCCAGUGCAACUGCCAGAACAAUUGGCAAGUACAAGCAGCAGUCACAGUGUGUCAGAGAAAACUCAAUGGUUCGCUUUCGAGCACAGCCAAUUCUAUCAAAGUGUGCAGAAUUUGUUUUUGCAGGCAGUAGAGCGUGCUGAUUCGGACUUCUUUAUCAGCUUGAUUAGGCGCUGUCCCUACCACGUCGAUUCCCUAAUACAACUGAGUGAAUUGUGCAAAAUUACGGAGAAUUACAGUUUAGCUUCUGAGCUCAUUGAGCGUGCCGUGCUUGUGCUAGAGUCUUCAUUACAUCCAAGUUUCAGUUUGACUUCGGGCAACUGUCGUCUUGAUUACCGUCGCCAAGAAAAUCGCUCCUUUUUUAUUACGUUAUUUAAGCAUGCUCAGUAUUUGGAAGCACGCGCUUGUUGCCGUACCGCGUUUGAGCUUUCGAAAUUGAUAUUGAGUCUUAACCCGGAAGUAGAUCCACUGGCUAUAGUGCUGAUCAUAGAUUAUUACGCGCUGCGCAGCAAGCAGUACGCUUGGCUUAUAAAAUUCUAUGAGGAAUACGAUGCCGUGCGUAACCUUUCCCAAUUACCAAACAUGGCGUAUUCGUAUGCUCUGGCAUUAUUUUGCCAAACGGGAGAAUGUGAAAAAUCCGAUAAGGCAUUGCAGUAUGCUCUAUUAAUGUUUCCUGGUGUGUUGCGUCCGUUGCUAGAUGAGUUAUCUGUGCAGACAGAUAAACGAGUUCAAGCGUCGUCAUAUUUUAGCACUUCUAUAUCUAGCAGCCAAUCACCCUCACUGCACCAACUUGUGGCACUGUACAUUUGUCGAGCGAAAGUGGUCUGGCGUCAGAAUGAUAUGCUGCCUUGGCUGGAGCGCAAUGUUAAUGUAGUUUUGGAUAUGGUAGAUCAAAAGGAUGAAGUGAUUACCGAUUAUAAUCAGAAACGUGCUGUGCGUUAUGUGUCGCCUCCACGUCAAAUCUUGCGUCAUGUGAUACUUUCUGAUUACAAGGAAAAAGUGCCAUUAGCACCAUUCCUUGCCAAGGAGAAGGACCCGUUGAUGAUGUAUGAUCCAUUGCCACCACUGGACUCGGUCAAUUGCUAUGAGCGGAAAUCGUCCUCCAGCAGCCCAACAACAGGACCAAAUCGCUCGGUUUUUAUGUUUUUCGAAUCACUGAUGCCGUCAUUCAACCUGAAUAAUCGUGGUGGAGAAGAACAGCAGCAACAGCAAAAUGCUGUUGUUGAAGCAGUGGCAGCACGAGCUAACGCUUUGCCGGCACCACAAGCCAAUGCAGGCCACGAUGACGACGAAGUAGCGCAAGUGGAUCGUCACCUUCGGGCAUUAAAUGCAAAUUUGGAAAAUGCUGCAGCUGAAGAUGCUGCUGGUGGCACAGAAGGAGGUGCCUCGUAUCGUGAACUCACCCAUUCAUUAACAAAUAUUGUGGAUGCGAUGCGUGAUUUUCUGCAAAAUUUCCGUAUAGUGGAGCCCAUGCAGGCCGCUGAUGGUGAAGAAAAUGGCAGCUCGGAAGAAGACACUAGUGAUUAUUUUGAUUGAAUUGAUGUUCUAAUCUUUACUUCUACUUUAAAUGUAUGCUUUUCUGUCAAAGACAACCACAUAAUUGCGAUUAUUAUUCAGGUUGCCAGAUAGAACGUCUGGACAUGUACUUCAAGCAAAAACUACUAUUUAAUCGCAGAAUAAAAUAAAAAAUCCAUUUUGAACUUGUUGUACAAAUGCCAUUUGCAUAAACAUAGAAAAAGAAAUUUAAUUCAAAAUUUGUUAAAAGAGAACAAAACAAUUAGUAAAAUCUGCUUUUUAUAUUUA